GUAAUAGCAAUAAUUUCUUUAUUGUUCUGGUGAGUUGUAAAAUUAAUUUAGUCAAAGUUUGGAGUUCUGAAAAUUAUUUAAUAUCUAAUAUUUAGCCAAUAGACUAGUAUUUUUAUUCAUAUGUUUAGGUGGAGAGGGGUAUUUUAUCAUUUGCAAUAUUUCAUCGAAUAAAUGAAUUCACAAAUAACGCUAUAUAAAAGAAUAAAACUGUGUUAGGUAACUCAAAGUAAUUCUCACUGUAUUCAAAAAACUUACAAAUCAAGAAAGAGAAAUUUUCUUAAUGAUGUGAGGCAAGUAAUUCUUUAGGCGAGUAUAGUUAAUUUCUCUGAAAUAAUAUUGAUAUUACUAUCAAACCAGAAAGAAUAAUAUAUUUUUAAAUUUGCAUUUAAUAGUAUACUUAAAUAAGAGAUGGAUUAACUGAACAUCAUUCAUAAGAGAGGAUACCUUAUACACUUUAACUAAUAAUCUCAGAAACAUCUCUAUCAUCACAUUCGGAAACAAAAGCCACAUAUUUUUUUGAUUAAAAUUUAAACUACUGUGAUGAAAAAAAGUUUCCAAUUCGAUUUAUUUUUUAAUUUUUUUCCACUUUUCAUAAAUUAUAAAUUAUUUACCCACCUUUAAUAUUUAACAUUUUAUUAAUCUGGUAUUGAAAUAAUUACCAAAUAAUAUAGAUUAAUCUAUAAACUGUGUAUGCUUAGAUGUAAAAAACAUAAGGUAAGAGCUACAGCGAAACAUUUAAUAGAGAGACAUUUAAAAAUAUCGGAAGACAAAUUAUUAAAAUUAAUUUUUUAGUAUUCAAGGAAAGAAGAAAAGAAUUUAAAAGAUGGAGCGUUAGAUUGAGGAGUGUAUUUAAAAAAGUAACUUUGAAUAAAUGUGAAUUAAUUUAUAUAUUUUGUGUUUAUCUCCCUUGCAGGGAAGAAUGUAAUG